AUGGGCGUUGCUGUCAAGGACGGAACCGCAACCCAAGCCCAGCCACAGUUGACGACGGGUGAGCAGCAGGUCUUUUCCUAUUUCCGACCUGCGCUCGAAGGCGGCGACUACAUUGUGGCGACUACGCAGACCAUCAGUGCCAGAGACAGCCCGAGCAUUGUGACCAAGGAGGAGCAAGAAUUCACCGUCGCCACGCCGCGCUUCAGCAUCGCCCCGAACACCAUCAAAUCCGUCUACCCGCCAGCGGGAUACCCCGUCGCCGUCGAAACGCUGCCGCAUAUUGUUUUCAGCGACCCGUAUCUGCCCUGGGAGCGACUGGCAACCUCAGCCAGGCAGACGGCCACUCGCAGGGUUCCUUGGUUGGCCUUGCUGGCCUUCUCAGAGGACGAGCUCACCUUGGCGCCGGGGGAUCUAACGGGAGACACCAGCCUCUUCAAGGAUAUUCCCUCGGACAAGCCAUGGGAACAGAAUGCGGACCUUUCCGUAGCGGUGCCGCACGCGAGCGCUUCCAAGCUAGCCGGCUGCUUGACGCCCAUCUCCAGUGCAGACGCCGCUGAGGUGGAUGGCGACAAGGUCAAUGCCAUCUUCGUCCGACCCAGUCUCUUCAACGAACUCUUCCGCGAUACAUCGGCGUCGUCGGCUGGCGGCAGCCAGAAGCGGCCGGACGUGUCCAGAUACGGCUACCUUGCGCACGUUCGCCGCAUCGACACCACGGGCAUGGCGGAGUCUGGCGGCACCGAGGACGCUCAUUUCAGCCUGGUCCUCUCUCACCGUGUCGGGCCCAUGGCCAGCGACGGACAGGCGGCCACAGUGCACGUGCACCUCGUCUCAAUCGAGGGCAUCGAGGCCAUGGCCUGGCCUGUCUCGUCUUCGACUCGCUUCGUGGCACUUGCAUCCCUCCACAGCUGGUCUUACAUGAGCGCCCGCCAUGGCGUAUUUGACGCCAAGAAAACCAUGCGCAAGCUUGCAGAGACUCUGGGACCUCUUAGGCCACCACUGCCCGCACAAGAGACGCUCAAGGUGGACCCCGCGCGGCAGGUCAUCAUCGACAGGCUUCGGGACGGCUACACACCAGUCGCAUACCGAAUGCAGACCGGAGAGAAAACUGCAGCACUGUACCGAGGCGUUCUGACACCGACUCUGGUGCCGCACCCCAUCUCGCCGGGAUGGAGCCUGAUGUCGGAGAGCGGCAUGGACCUGCAGAUCCUGGACAACAAGCUUGGCAUCCUCGACAUCACGUACUCGACAGCGUGGCAACUGGGCAAGAGCACCGCCAUGGCCGACCUCGCCUUCUGUCGCUCCCUGACCAAGCUGCGGACAAAGAUCCACGUCAUGGCCAUGAACAGGGCCAAGGCCAAGAUGAUGCGUGCCUUGGGCGCGUAUCAGAACCGCGCCGAUGCCGUCAAGGCGGCGCCGGUCAUUCUCCAGGAGCUCGGCAAGCUCCAAGAAAUCGAGACAGACGGCCUCGUGCCAUCGCAGAGUCCAGAUAUGCUUGAUCGAUGGAAGGCCGAUGCGAAGAAGACGGUCGAUCUGUCCCUCGACAACCGCGCUCUGGCCGCGCAGUACGACGAGCAGGCCAAGCUUGCGGCCGAAGAACUUGGUAGUGGCUUCGACGCAGGCGAGGUCGCGGGCGAAGGCCAGGCCAUCUACAACGAGCUGAACGAGGCGUCCAGCCCCGAGUGGGCCGUUGUGCUUGGCUGGAUCCUAGACAAGAUGUACCUCUCUACGAUUCCGACCCAGUACCUGGUAACGGACCCGUCGCAUCUGCCUGCAGAGAGCUUGCGCUUCUUCCACCUCGAUCCCAACUGGCUCGAUGCGUUUCUAGACGGCGCCCUCAGCGUGGGAAACCACCUCGAGAACCGCUUCGACAGCGCGCGCACCGCCAUCAAGCAUCUCAUCAACAGGUACCUGCGCAGUCCACUGCCCGCCACCGGCCAGCCACCUCCCGUACCAACGUAUGGGUUCAUACUGCGCUCCGACCUCAUCAGCCACUACCCAGAUUUGCGCGUCGAGGUGGAGUACGAUCCGCCCAGGGCUAACUCGGCAAUGCCCUCCAUCCUGCGACAGGCUAACGUUGCCGACGGAGUUCUCAUGUGCCUACUGGAUGCUUCCCCACACGGAACUCAGCCGAAUUCACGCCUCAAGAGCCUCAAGUUUACGCAGCCGCCUCACCAGCAGUCGUUUGCGGUGGGUGCUCAGCUGGACGACGAGGAGCUGCACACCUCGUACCGGAGAAUCUACACUACGUACGACGGGCACUCUGACAAGUCGGAUCCCCUGUGCAACGACGAGGUUCUCAAGAAAGAUUCGGUGGCGACGGACGUGCAGCCCAUCUUCUGCUGGGGAAAAGACAACUCUGUGCGAUGCCUGCAGUUUCCGGCCUUCUCCGACAGGCUUCUCCGCAAUCUACAGCAGCACAUGCCCAGGGACAGCAUCGUCACGUUCAGCGCUGACGCCGCGACUUCGGCCAUGGUGGGGUUGCAGCUGACAAAACGCAUCUGCGAGCUCGAAAUCACCGCCGGGCCCGCCACUGACCCUCAGACGCUGCCAAUGCUCCUGGCCAGAGCUUCAGAGCCGGGCGCAAGAGCCCUCUGGAUACGGCCGGAACGCGAAAGCGGCGCCAUGUCCAAGUCCAUGGUGGCAAAUUCCUGGUCUCUUCCGAUUCCCAAUCCACCCGUGGCACCCCUGCCGUCUCUGGAAGAGAGACGUCGCAUACGGCGAGAAGCCGAUGCCGUCUGGUCUGGCGUCGCACCGCACGCGUCGGGUACACAGGUGCUUUCGCCGGAGCUCGAGGACAUCAUCACCACCGCCUUUCAGGUCGUCUUCAACCCGGGCGGUUUUCUACUGGACAGGGUGCUGGAUUUUUUCACACCCACCAUCGAGCGCCCUCGCUACGAUUUGCAGGUCUUCCCGGUCGGCAAGCGAUUCGACCCGGAGAAGGACGCCCGCUCCAUUCCCACCGGCCGACGUCAAGAUCUCGUAUUCUCCGUUUCUCUGGCCAACCCCGACACCGCCACGCCCGGCGACACGCUCCUCGACGAGAUCCGCAUCAUGAUUCCCAUGGGCGACCCCACUGCCGACAGCGACAAGACGUGUCUGAUGAGCAACUACCGCGGGCCCGGGGCUACAAUGGUGAGCAACCUGCGCUUCAACGUCAUCACGGCUGUUGCCCACGACUACAGCUACAUGCUCCUGCGGCUGAUUCCGCGGACGGCCCGGAACGAUGGCUGUAUUGGAUUCGAGCACGCGCUCGAGGCAAGCUUCGUGUUGAACCUGGUGGAUGUGAACGAGUACCCGGGAGGCCAAGAGAGGACGGUGGAAAUUUCCUUGGUGGAACAUCUUAAGGAUGUCAUGCGCGAGCAUAUACCACUGGUGCCGCGAACGUACCAAGCGACGCUCAAAACGCCGCCCCUAGAUCAGGGCAUUGUGCCAAGAUAGAGCCUUUAGUUUUCUUAUACGUAAAUCCACACCUUAUAAU